AUGACACAUCCAAUCCUGUUAGUAUAUAAAGGUCCUGAGGGACUGGGUGACAUUCGCACUUUAGAAGCAUCCUUCAACCCCUCCACUGAAACCUCACCUCCUGACACCAUGUGUAGCAACUACUACGGGAACUCCUGUGGAGGCUAUGAUUGCGGCUACGGCUCUGGCUGUGGCUCUAGAUAUGGCUGUAGCUGUCGCUCUGGCUAUGGAUACAAUGCUGGCUGUGGCUGUGGCUUAGGCUGUAGAUAUGGAUCUGGCUGUGGAUAUGGCUCUAGAUGGGGAUGUGGCUCUCGCUAUGGCUGUGGAUAUGGCUGUGGCUGUGGUUCUGGCUACGGAUACACAUCUGGCUGUGGCUGUGGCUCUGGCUGUGGCUCUAGAUAUGGAUGUGGCUGUGGCUACGGCUCUGGCUAUGGAUACAAGUCUGGCUGUGGCUGUGGCUCUGGCUGUAGAUAUGGAUCUGGCUGUGGAUAUCGCUCUGGCUGCUGCAGCUACAGAAGACGCUAUUCCUCUUGCUGCUAA